CAAACAUCCAAGAUCUACUACCAUGGCCGAGGACAAGUCCAAUGACUGCGAGGUCGUCCCUACAAGGGAGACUGGCCAAUUCAAUUUCCGGUGCGGCAUGGAUCAAACCCCACGAUGGACGGCAUCAAGGUCAUACCCAACAUGGUUCUCCUCGACAAGACCGGGUUACCCGCGUCCAUGGGGACAGCGACAACCACCCGCUUCCCAGAUGAUAUGCUAGAAUACAACCUGGACCUAAGCUCGCUGUCCGAGGAUGUCAGGGCGAACUGUGUCGUUGACGACCACUUCCAAGUGAUGUGCUCGGUGGAGGUCAUCAGGGACGGGGCACCGGCGACGGCUCCAUCAACAUCGGAGGAGGAGCUCCCUGAUUUGGGCCAUGAUCUUGCCAUGAUGUCAGACAAGCAACAACUCACCGACGUCUCCUUCGAUGUUGACGGCGAGAGCUUCAGCGCACACCGCCUCGUGCUCGCGACCCGGUCGCCGGUGUUCCGAGCAGAGCUCUAUGGCUCCAUGGCGGAAAGCAGGAUGGCGUCCAUCACCAUCCAGGAAAUGGGGGCCUCCACCUUCAGAUCUAUGCUCCAUUACAUGUACCACGGUUCAUUGCCCGAUGCUGGCAAGGCGGAUGUUUCCUCCACCAUGGCAGAAUACCAGAGUUUGCUUGCAGCGGCAGAUAGGUACGGGGUAGAGCGGCUGAAGAAGAUCUGUGAGGACAAGCUAUGUGGCAACGGUAUAACGGUAGACAAUGUUGUCUCAACGUUGGAGCUGGCAGAGCGCCAUGUCUGCCCCAAACUCAAAGCUAGCUGUCUUGAUUUCCUCUCGGAUGGUGAAAAUUUCAAGAUGGUUGCGACGACCGAUGAGUACUUCCAUUUGAUGCAGACUGCUCCUUCUGUCUUGGUUGAAGUGAGGAAUCGGUUCAAGAUGGCACAUCAAAAGCCGACUGCCACUGAACCUGGUGCGCACAAGAAAAGCCGAAUGUGUUAG